GGACGGCCCCACCAUGGCCCAGUGGCAGGAGGUCCAGCAGCUGGAGAACACCUACCUGGAGCAGGUGCACCAGCUGUACUCGGAGGAGCACCUGCCCAUGGAUGUGCGGCAGUACCUGGCCCCCUGGCUCGAAGACCAGAACUGGAGCCGGGCGGCCGAGCCCCCCGCGGCCGAGCCCCACUCUGCCCAGGCCCACAUGCUCUUCCACACCCUGCUGGCCCUGCUGGACGACCAGUACAGCCGCUUCGGGGCCAGCGAGGACGACUUCGUGCUCAAGCACAACCUGCGCAAAUCCAAGCUCAACUUGCAGGCCAAUUACCAGGAGUGCCCGGAGCAGUUGGCCAACGUCAUCGCCAACCUGCUGCGGGAGGAGAAGGCCAUUCUGAGCAGGGGGCUCACGGCCCAGCAGGCCGCAGCGCAGCCACCGUCCAGUGCCCCCAUGGAGACGGACCGGCAGCAGAAGAUCGAGCGGCGCCUGGCGGAGACCAGGGCAGCGGUGCAGGAGCUGGAUCGCGAAGUGCGGGACCUGGAGGAGCUGCAAGACACCUUCGAUUUCCGCUAUAAGAUGCACCGUAUG